CAGCAGCAACAGCACCAGCAGCAGCAGCAGCGGACACCGUGGACCAGUAGGACCAGUACUGUUGUCUGUCUCCCAGUAUAAUAUUAGACACACUGUCCACACAGCACUGAGGAGAUGGGGGACAAAGCGGGGACCAGAGUUUUUAAGAAGUCCAGUCCAAACUGUAAGCUCACAGUGUAUCUAGGGAAGCGAGACUUUGUUGAUCACUUAGACCGUGUAGAUCCAGUAGACGGAGUGCUCCUUGUAGACCCAGAGUAUCUGAAAGAUCGUAAAGUGUUCGUGACUCUGACCUGUGCGUUUCGUUAUGGCCGGGAGGACCUGGAUGUCCUGGGCCUUUCCUUCCGAAAGGAUCUGUACGUCAGCACCAUCCAGACCUUCCCUCCCGCGGAGGAGAAGAAGAUCCCUCUGAGCCGUCUGCAGGAACGGCUGCUGAAGAAACUGGGCAAACAUGCGUACCCCUUCCACUUCACUAUCCCCCAGAACCUGCCUUGCUCAGUAACCCUCCAGCCGGGUGCAGAGGACACCGGGAAGGCGUGUGGUGUGGACUAUGAACUCCGAGCCUUCUGUGCCAAGACUGUGGAGGAGAAGAUUCACCAAAGGAACUCUGUGACCCUGGUGAUCCGGAAGGUUCAGUAUGCUCCAGAGAAGCCCGGUCCACAGCCGAUGGUGGAGACCAGUCGCAGCUUCCUGAUGUCUGAUAGAGCCCUCCACCUGGAGGCCUCACUGGAUAAGGAGCUGUACUACCACGGUGAGCCCAUCAGUGUUAAUGUCCACGUCAGCAACAACUCCACCAAGAAUGUGAAGAAAGUGAAGAUAUCUGUUCGUCAGUAUGCUGAUAUCUGUCUGUUCUCCACGGCUCAGUAUAAGUGUGCAGUUGCCCAGGUUGAAGCAGAUGACCAGGUUGCUCCAAGCUCCACUUCCUGCCAGGUCUACACUCUGACCCCCAUGCUGGGUACCAACAGGGAAAAGAGAGGCCUGGCCCUGGAUGGAAAGCUAAAGCAUGAAGACACCAACCUGGCCUCCAGCACCAUAGUUAAAGAAGGGACCAACAAGGAGAUGAUGGGGAUCCUGGUUUCGUACAGGGUCAAAGUUAAACUGGUGGUGGUUCGUGGAGGGGAUGUAGCAGUGGAGCUUCCUUUUGUCCUGAUGCAUCCCAAACCUGCAGACCAGCCCAGCCUCCAACCACAGUCACAACCACUACAUCCAGUUACUCCAGAGGCUGAUGCUGCUGUGGAUACAAACCUCAUAGAGUUUGAAAUGAACACAUCCUCUCAGGUUGAUGACUUGGUGUUUGAAGACUUUGCUCGCCUCGGGCUGACAGGGAUGAAGGAUGGAAGUGACCUCUUCUGUUAGCUCCUCCUCCUCCUGCUCCAGCUGGGUCGAAUGUCUGACUGAAAAGUUUCAGGACGCCAUCACACCAGAACCCAAGAAGAAUAGUCAGGUGGCUUAGGACCAGAUUUAAGAAGAAAGGGGACACGCCGGACAAAAGCACCAACAUUU